UUCAAUUCGACGUCCAAAGAGUACGUGCAUUUCGCGGCAAAAUGUCUCGCUUUGCUUUCUUUAUUUUCGUGAAUUUUAUUUUAAUUUCGCAAAUUAAAUUUGGAUUUGGUCAAUAUAAUGAUACGAGUACCGUGUGCGAUUGCAAUUGUGAUGUGGAAAUAGAUCUCGUUAAGAAAUUUAUGAAGGAAUUAGAAGAGGUGCGAAAAAGUACAGACAAAAUUUCCAAUAUUGAAAAGCAGUUACUUGGGAAUCGAGCAUCAAAUCCAUCUAGUUGUAGGGAAGCAAAACCAUCGAGUUGUAUGGAAGCAGCCGCUAACAGCUUGAAAAGUGGCGUUUAUAAAAUUAAACUCGAAAAGAUGAAUAUCACCGAAUUGGAUGUGUUUUGUGAAGAGAAAGUAGAUUCCGGUGGAUGGUUAGUAAUUCAACGUCGUCGACGUUUCUCACAAAAUUUUAAUAGAAAAUGGAGUGACUAUAAGAAGGGAUUCGGCGACUUAACGGGAGACUAUUGGUUCGGUUUGGAAAAAUUGCACGCGCUCACCAGCAGCUGUGAACAGGAGUUGUAUAUUGAAGUGGAAAGAAUUAAUGGCGCGGUAGAGUUUGCAAAAUAUUCCGAAUUUGUUAUUGCAGAUGAAGCUGAGGACUACGCUUUGAAGGAUUUGGGAUAUUAUAUUAUAGCGGAAAUUAUGUUUCAUUUUGCAGUAACUUAAAUGGACACGACGGAGAUAAUGUGGAGUUUAUCAGUCCGAACGGAGAUAAUGUGGAGUUUAUCAGUCCGAAAAAGAUGAUAAGCGAUAUAUCGGUAACGUUAGCGCAAAUGAUGAUACGACCAACCGAAAACUGCUUUAGACGAUUGGCGUUGAGCAAUUUAAAUUGAUAUGUCUAAGGAAAAUAUUAUAUUUUAACUAUUUGCAUUCAAAACGUUCUGGUUUCUGCCAGAGUAACCACUACUAUAUUCAUUAAUUCCAAAACAUAGUUUUUUAGUUAUCUUGUAAUUCUGCGUCAAGAAGAAAAUACAAUAAAUAAACAAAUAUAAAUAUUGUAUAUUGAUAUGGAGGGAUAAGCUGUAAUGCUUAAGAUGCGUGACAUACUAGAAAACAUCAAAAGACGAGUGUUGCGGAGUGGACACCUGCAGACUGCUAAAAAAAUCUUGUAUGAAAUUAUUUCUGUAUAUAUUGCAAUCACAAUAUUGAUUAUAAAUACUUUGAAACUCCUACUCUUUGUAUGUGUCGCGGCAAGUUUGUUGCAUUCUAAUUUUUGUUUUUAUAUAACGGAUUCACACUCAUUUCAAAAAUAUUCACUUUAGAAGUAUGAAACAAUUCUGAUAACAAAUGACGGGAUUUUGAAAUUAUAAUGGCGUUUCCACCAUCAAAUUUUUAGCAGCUAACUGCAAGAGUCGGAUUUUUAAGCAAAAAAAUUUAUUAUGUAUUAUGUAUUAUAUAAAACCGAAUUAUUUUUAUUGCGGUAUCAUUAAGUUUUGAUGCAAUGCAAAUUCUAACUCACCAAGCUGAGUCAGUACAAAUGUUUAUCGUAGCACUCAAAUAUAUAUAUAAUGUACUCAUAAUGCAGUUUAGUUAUUUCACUUUAAAACAUUUUCAGAAAGGGUCAGUCAUAGUUCGGCAUCCACACAAUCCACACAACUGGUGGCAAAAUGUCUCGCUUUAAUUUCAUUGCUGUGCUGAAUUAUUUUUUAAUUUUGCAAAUUAGAUUGAGUUUCAGUUACGAUAAUGAUACGUGCACAGUGUGUAAAUGUGAUUGCAAUUGUACAGUGAAAUUAGCUGUCGAGGAUGAAGGAAUGAGUGAAGAUCAAAUCGUCACCACGGAAGCUAAUAUCGAAGAGCAAAUUAUUGCGAAUCGAGCAACAAAUCCAUCGAGUUGUAUGGAAGCAGCUGCCAACAGCUUGAAUAGUGGCGUCUAUAAAAUUAAGCUCGAAAAGAUGAAUAUCACAGGCUUGGAGGUGUUUUGUGAAGAAAACGUCGAUUCUGGAGGAUGGUUAGUAAUUCAACGUCGUCAAAGUAACUCAGUGGAUUUUAAUAGAAACUGGCAGGACUAUAAGAAGGGAUUCGGCGACUUAAAGGGUGACUAUUGGUUCGGUUUGGAACAACUACACGCGCUCACCAGCAGCUGUGAACAAGAGUUGUAUAUUCAACUACAAAUUGAUAGUGGCGAAACUUACUUUGUGAAAUAUUCAGAGUUUGUUAUCGCUGAUGAAUCUGAGGACUACGCUUUGAAGAAUAUUGGUAAAUAUAGCGGCAAUGCUGGCAAUGGCUUAAGAACUCAUUUAAGCAUGAAAUUUUCAACGUACGAUCGUGAUAAUGAUAUUUAUAAAGAUAAUUGUGCAAUGAUUUUUAAGGGUGGUUGGUGGUUCCGCAGUUGUUAUAGAAGUAACUUGAAUGGUCUGUACGGAGAUGAUAAGUUCGGAUUGAAAUGGGUUGACAUAGAAAGACGUGAAUUGAUAGUGUUUGCGCAAAUGAUGAUACGACCAACACAAAAUUGCUGGAGACAGUUAAUGUUGAGCAAUUUAAAUCGAUAAUUUUUUUUAUCUUAUGUAUAGUUUUCAAAUAUACUUACUUGUACUAGAUAUAUAGAUCAAAA